GUCAGUUGAAAUUGUAAAUAAAAUUGUCUUGUGUGGAAAACAAAAUUGUUUAUUUCGUUCUCAGUAUGUUUCUUACGAGAUAUUGCUCUAGAAUAUCUAAUACUGCAAAAGUAAUUAGAAGCCACAAAUUUCUUGUAAAACAAAUAUUAUGUGAAUGUAAUAGUGUUCAGUUACAUAGGCACUUAUUAGUGGCAACGCCAAUGAAAAAUAUUGAAGAUAAAGGCACUGGAAGACCGAUUAAAGAGACUUCAUCAGACAUAGGAAAAAAAUAUUUUUCCCCUACAGAUUUAUUAGAAAAAUUAAUAGCCGGUCUCUCGUCUGACAUUCAUCAGAAAAAUAGAGUAUAUAAGAAUGAUUUAUUAAGAGUUGUUAAUAAAAUUAAAGAAAUGAACUUUUCAACUAAAAAACAGAGUUUGCUCUUGAUUCGAUGCUGUACAGAACUAUUACCUGAUGAAUCUCCAGCAUCUAGGUUGAACUUAUUAGACGAAAUAUGGAAUGUUCUCAAGUUACAUACUGAAUUUGAUGUUGAACACUAUAAUGAGUUGCUCCGAGUUUAUAUAACCAAUAGCAAGAAUAUUGUUGCAAGCUCCUUCAUCUCUCAAAUGUCACCAGUUAAACCGAAUAUGACAACAUAUGAACUGAUAUUGAAGUCUCUAGCAGAAUGUGGUGAUUUAAAUCAAUGCACUGAGGUGAUAUCAAAUAUGAAGUCCAAUGAUUUGCCUGCUAAUGAAAAUAUUCUUAAUUCACUGAUAAUUUGUCAAGGAAAGGCUGGGAACAUUCAGCAAAUCAAAGAAGUAUUGUCGAUGAUGAAGUCUCUUAAAAUAGAAAAGUCUUUAGAUACGUACACAGCUAUUGUUCGCGCACUUGCUUGGAACAAGAAAACUAAUCUUGUUUUGGAGGAAAUGGAAAAUGUGCAAAAAAAAGGCUUACAGUUCGAAGAGUCUCAUAUAAUGGAUAUUGUAAAGACCCUAGCUGCUAGUGGAAGCUAUGAGAUCAUACAUCAGGUUCUUCAGUUUUUACCAGCAGAAACACUUAAAACACCAUCGAUUUCUCCAUACAUGCAAAGCGUAGCUACGUAUUUAGUGUUCCAGAAUCAUCCGAUGGUUGCAUUAGAAAUAUAUAAAUGUUUGCCACUACCUUCCUUCGGACCAAAGGAUGAUCAGGGUUUGCAUGGAAGAAGUUUAGUCAGGGAUUGCGUAAAAGCUGCAAUGCCAUCAAGCGUCAUAGCUCUAAUAACUCAAGAGCUUAUGUCAUCUGGUAGAAAUCCAAUAGCGAUACAGAAUGCGUCAGAAGCGGCAUUGCAACUGGGCAAAGUGCCUCUGGCAUUGGACAUGUUCACUAGGAUGCAACAGCUUGGAAUGCCAUUGCGACCUCAUUACUUUUGGCCUAUUUUGAUUCACAAUUGCAAGAACAACGGAGAAAAAGGUAUUAUGAGUGCCCUAUCCACUAUGAUCACAAUGGGCGUAACGAUAGAUUACGAGACGAUACUAGAUUACACUCUACCUUACGUCAGUUUCACGUCACCGCAGAAUCUGAUGAAAAAAUUCCUGGAUGCCGGUCUAACAGUCUCCACUGUUCUGACGCCGAUGAUGGAGACUCUACUCAACUCUGGACAAGUGAGAGCGGCUAGUGAGAUUUGCGAACUAUUUCAAGGAAAGAUUGAAGCGAACAAAUUGCUUAAACCAUUGAUGAAAGGGUACAUGAUGAGUGGUGACGUUAAAUCCACGGUGUAUAUUCUAGAGGAUGUAACGUUGAAAGCCUCCGAUAAGAAUAAAGAUUGGGUCGGUCGUUUCCUGUGUACGUUCAUGCAGAACAAGAAAGUGAAGAAUGAUGUCAAAGAAAUGCUCCAUUUGAUCGAGGCGAUAAAGUCCACAUCCCUAAAGAUCUCGACAAGCGCUUCCGACUAUUGUAUGAGUUGUUUACCCGACACAUGCACCGGUAAUAACCUCGAUACGCUUCGUAAUAGUCUCGCAGAGAUCACCGAUGACAGAUUAGUUGACGAGGAACAAUUAUUCGUCCAGCAUAUGCCACACCCGAAACAUAUGAAUGAGGAAUCUCUCAAAGCACAUUUGCAUGAGUUGGAGGCUAAAGGCAUGAACACUAGAGGUGUUCUAAGGAAGUUGUUACAGCAAUAUUGCAAGGAAGGCAACUUGCCUGCCGCGAGGGAGAUCGCUGAGAAAUGUCAGAAGGAAGGGGUUUUCCUAUCUGCUGGCAUGAAAGCAUCUAUAUUCGAUCUUCACGUGAAACUGGGCGAGUUGGAUCUUGCUGAGCUGGCCCUAUCAGAUUUGAAUAAGUCAUCGCCUAAUUUCAAAUUGGACGAAUUCAAAGUGAUAGACUUCGCGACACUAAUGGUGUAUAGGAAGAAGAUAAAGCAGGCCUUUGACUUGAUCAAUGAGCAGUCGAAGAUGAGACGUAUUGUAGGUGGUCAAGGUAUAGCUAUGAACUGUUGGCGUCUUUUAGACGCUACCGCUGCGAACGGUACCCACAUUGAGACAAAGCAAAUGUUCGAUCUACUAACAAGCUUGCGGUAUUGCAAACCAACCAAUGCUUUGAUGGGCCCACUAGUUCGAGUCCACUUGAAGAAUGAUAACAUUCAAGAGGCGGUGAACGAAUUCGUCAGUUUAUCUAACAAAUACAGUAAGACGCCAUUGAAACAUGAAUUACUCUGCCACAUAUUGAGUAAGAUGGGAGACGGCCGGUCUGAAGACACGUUUCUUGCAAACGAAAAGUCUAACGGCAGAUUAAAUAAGUUCGUGCAGACCAUACUGAAUGUAAACAAGAAAGUGCACGGCCCGGGCGAUGUUCAGCUAACUCUGAUGGCGGCUCUCGCAGAAGUUGGUUACAAGAAAACUCUUCGUAAAAUGCUACUUGAUCCGUCGGUUAAAUUCCAUCCUGAUGCUCUGAUGCGUCGCUGCGAGAAAUUCGCUGACGAAAAAAAGAUUAAACCUUUGGAGAUUAUUGCGGAAUGUUCUAAGGACUUGCGGCGUGUUGACGUCGAUGAAAUCUACGAAUUGAUAUUAAGUGUUUACCAACGCGAAGACAAUUACCACGGAGCAUUUAAUUUGUGGACUCGAAUGCAUGAAAUCGACGUCACGCCGUCUCAGCAAUUUGUACGUAACAUUUGCGCUCUCUUCAAAGCCAACAAUAAAGAGAUACCUUCUGAGCUUUCUAUUCUAUUAGACAAACAAGAAAAAGUUGCUAAUCAAUGAAAGGGUCUUGUUUCAUCAUUCUAAAGUAGUAAACCAGUAUAUUCGAUUAUCGAUUAACUCCACAUGAUAUUGAUCAUAUUUAAUGUUUAUAAUUCGAAGUCAAUAUAAGUAAAUUGUAGUUUUAGUAAGCGUUUCUGUGAUAUUAAAUGUACGUGUAAUUAAAAUACAAGUAUAUCUUA